UAAGAAUGAUAAAAUGUAUCUGUAGCAUCACAGAUUUGUGAGGAUGGGUUGUUAUAGAAACUGAGUAACUUGUUGCAGGGUUUUAUUUGAUUCACACUAAUGGCACAAUCUAAGACUACAAGUGUUUCAUUAGCCUUUAAAAAGUCAUAAACACAGUGUAUAGCUCUUUAAUUUAUGUUUACAAAUGUUUAAGAGUUUAUGGCUAGGAAUGAAUUACCAAUAAAUCUAAAUUUGAUUUAUUGUGUUUAAUGAUUGAUUGGUACCAAGAUGAAGCUGCAAGUUUGUUUGUCUGAGUGGUGAUGGUCUAUACGUGUUUGAUCAUUGAGUUUUAGAGUUUGUUCUGGUUUUUAUGUAAAAUUGUGUUUUUUGUUAUUUUCUGUGACUAAAGAUAAGUUUAUUUAUUUAAUCUCUUAAUUCCCGUUCUUGUUGUAUAAUCACAUCUAGCAUAGCAUUAAUAUUGUUAAUUAAAUAUAUUCAAGAAAAACAAACAGUCACAAACCUGGGUUAUUGUAUUGUUGGUAUUUCAGUGUUCCCUCUAAACAUUGCUUUGGACUUUUGUGAUUUUUACAAGAUACAUUAUUAUAGCUUUUUGCUUUGUUUUUUUUCUUCACAGCCCAUACCAUGGAGCUUCCAGCGGAUGGAUCCCCGAUGUUGGAGGGACUUCCAGAUAAUGGUAAGGAAGACGGUAAGUUGUGUUUAAAUGGAGCGAACAUGGUUUCUGAAGACCAUGGAGAGGAGUUGAGGUAUAGUUCACCUCCACAGUCUGAGGACUGUUCUACCAGCACCACCGGUAGCUCUUCUUCUAGCUCCACUGGUAGCUCUUCUUCUAGCUCCACUGGUAGCUCUUCUUCUAGCUCCACUGGUAGCUCUUCUUCUAGCUCCACUGGUAGCUCUUCUACCAGCUCCAGUGAAGAUGAGGUAGGUAAUGGAGACCAGGACUUUAGAUCCCGAUUUCGGGUUGUCCAGGUCGUUCAACCAAACAUUAAAUUCCUGUGGGGCAUCGGCGUGCUUGAACAGGCAUUGGAACGUCUGAAAUCCACAGUUGAUCAGCUGGGCUCCGGUGACAGUAGCCCAGUGGUCCUUGCCAAUGUUGCGUUGCAGCUGCCUGAGAUUCUUCCCCGUAAUUUCAAAUAUAUACAAGACAUUGGGGUGGCUCAGAAGCCCCAAGAAGACAUGGCUCCUUGUACUUCUCUUGAAUUUCCAUCUGGACUUGACAAACAGGAAGAGCCCAUUUUGCGUCCAGAGAAGUCCAGUCCUAUUGGUACCUUGCAACAUCCUCAGGUUGGUUUGGAAGAGGACAGGGCUUCUUUGACUUUCAGCCCCACCGAGAGAACAACGAAGAAGGUGGAGGCUGUGAAGGAUGACGACCCACCAUCACAACCUAGUCAUCAGGUAGGUUUGAAAGAGGACGCGGCUCAUGUGACAUCUGUGACUGGUAUAAACGGGAAGAGGAGAAAGAACAGUGAUGAUGAAGAGCAGCCCCCAGCCAAGAGGUCUAGGCAGACAGUUACUGAAUUGGAGCUUGCCAUCAAGUCUAUUGUCCAGUCCUUCCCCUCCCAAGAGAUGGAAUAUGAAGAUCCCGUUGUGUUACCACCUGUCCUCUGUCUCUCACCUUUGAUGUCGUGUGAGGAUCUUGGACUGUCAUCCCCUAUCCUCAGUCCCUCCUGUAAAAGUCCUGUUUUCUCAUCCCCCGUCCUCAGUCCCUCAACAUUGACUCACUGUGAAGAUCCCAUUUUGUCACCCAGUGUUUUCGGUCUCCUACCAUGGAUGCCAUGUGAGGAUCCCAUUCUGUCUCCCCUUGUCAGUCCAUCAUCAACACACUUUCCAGAUUCAAAUUGUUUGUCCCCUGACUUCCGUUUCGGGAUGGAUACUGAAGAGGAAGCAGAAGAGGAAGCAAUACCUUCAACCUCUAGUGGAAUUACAGCAAGAGAGAGUUCCAGACACGUGUGGUUUAGACCUCACUACGACUUGUCAGGUGACUCUGAUUAGAUUGGGAUCCGUAAAAACUGAAGACCUGUUUGGGAAGUCACUUUAGGACGUCAUCAUUCCUCUCAUGUUUUUUAUUAAAGUCAAUGGGUUUAAUAGCCUGAGGAAGCCUUAGGUAGCGUCUUGCACUGGGGCUUUUCUUCAUCUUUGUGUUUUCCUCUCAGCUCCCCCAUGUUUCAGGGUGUAAUAGUGGUGCUUCCCAACACGCUGCUCUCCAAUAUAGUAAAUUAUUCUGUCCUGUUCCUCUACUAAUCCAGUCUCCCAGUUUUUAAUCUUUCAGGUUUUAGCUGCUCAUCGCUGGAUCCUUUCAUCGUUGUCCAUGUGGUUCCUGCCUUCUGGAUCCCUUGUUUUUCACACUGCUUGUUGGAUCUCCUCAUCCUGUUAACCUCCACCUUCAACACCACCAGUCAGACGGAGGAAGAUAAGAGAACCCAGUUAACA